GUGUGCGUUGUAGGGGCGGGUGCUGACGGCAGCAGCGCGGCGGACUCAGAUAAAAGGUGGACGAGUCCUCAUUUCCUCCCAAUGCGCUGCUCCACCCGAUACCUGUGCUGCUAAACCAGGCUGAAGUAAGAGUCACGGCAAAGAUGCAGAGGUGCUUCGGGAUUUUCUGCGUGUCGCUCAUCUUUUGUGCGACCCUCUCUGAGAGCAUCGGGCUGGUCAUCGCGGCGAAGGAGAAGCGUGGCUGGACUCUGAACAGUGCUGGCUACCUGUUAGGUCCCCGUCGUAUUGAUCACCUAAUUCAGAUAAAGGAUUCUCCCAGUGCCAGAAGCAGAGACGAGCUGGUCACUCAAUAUGGAAUAGAUGGACACAGGACACUAGGAGACAAGCCGGGUCUGGCUGGCAAGAGGGACAUGGGUCAGGAGGAGGACUUCAGAACAGGUGCCCUGAGAAUAGCAGAUGAAGACAUCAUUCACACUGUCAUGGACUUCUUGUCAUACCUCAAACUUAAAGAGAUGGGAGCCUUGGACAAUCUGCCUUCCUCUGUCACCUCAGAUGAGCUGGCCAAUCCCUAAUGAGUCCGUCUCUCCUGUUCGACUCAUUCUACUAAUUCGCCUGCUACUACUAUCUGGGUUCCCACUGCCCCUAAUGUUUAGCACCAAUUUGUCCUGGUAUCAAAAAUCUGAUUGAUUGUUUGUCCCCAAACAAAAAUAAUGGUUCUCUAUGCUCCCAUGUAAAUAAAAGUUUAUGCCCAUUCAAGGUCACAUAGUGUCUUCUGACUGCAGGUGAAUAUAUAAGUAUUUGGGAAUUCUGCUCAGAAACCAACUCUGUAUUAUCCUUUUAUCUUUAUGUCAUCUGAUUUCAGAGAAUAAAGUGAAAUAAACAAAUGGCACUCCA